AUGAUCAAGAAUUUCAAGAAACGAAAACCCUAAGACUGGGUGAAAUUUGACGGAUAGACUAAGUGUUGGGUUAUUAAGCUAGAAGCUUAUAAUGAUGUAUACGAGAUGCUUUACCUGCUAGAAGAAUCUAUGGGAGUGAAAUUCAACUACUUUGAUGAUAAAAAGAAAAAUUACAAUCUUGAGAUGCUACCUUAAUCGCUCAAAGAUUCUCUGUUUAACUUUUAAAAAGAGGGUGUCAAUUUUGGCAUUAGCAGAUACGGAAGAUUUUUGCUUGGAGAUGAGAUGGGUGUUGGUAAAACAGUUUAAGCUCUUGCAAGAUUUACUUGGUUUGAUGAGAUACUCAAAUGGCUACCAGAUGUUUCUUCAGAUGACAUAUGUCUGAUCUCUUCUGGGAAGGAAGAUAUAUUUAACGAUGCCAAAAUAUAUAUAAUGUCAUAUGAGAUAGCAUCAAAGAACACUGAGUCAUUUGUCAAAAGAGGCAUUAGAAUGGUUAUAGCUGAUGAAGCUCACUAUUUAAAAGCAUACAAGGUAAAUACACUAUUAACUAAAACUCAUACAGAGUUUGAGAAGCAAAAAUUUAGUACUCCUAUGCUUGCUAGACCAGCUGAGUUGUUCAACUUGAUUAAGAUGGUGAGACCAGAUAUAUUCUAGGAUUUUUAGUAAUUUGCAACUCGGUAUUGCAAUCCGAAAGAAUCCUAGUUUGGAAUGGACUAUUCUGGAGCCUCGAAUAUAAAGGAAUUACAUUAGCUUCUAGAGGCUGAUGAUAGGAAGAGGAUUGAAGAAGCAAUUAAAGAGAGAAAUAAAAAGUUUGCAUAGUAUGAUAACAUUCAAAUAAGUGGAGUUAGCUACGAUGGAAGUAAAUAGUUCUAUGGACAUACUGAUGACCCAGAAGAGAAGCAACUUCAAAAAGUUUAUUAGCUCUCAGGCAAAGCAAAAAUUAAGGGAAUAAUUGAAUUUAUGGACUAUAUGAUUGAAAGUAAGAAAUUGAUAUUCACAGAGUAAUAUAUAGACUAGGUUAAGUUCAUCUUGUUCGCUCAUCAUUAAUCCGUUAUAUGUGAACUGGAAAAUCAUUUGGAGUAAAGACUCAAAGAGGCAAGCAAUCAAAAUUCCUAGAUACUUCCUCCAUAUUUUAUAAAAAUAGACGGAAGUACUCCACCUGAGAUUAGACAUGAGAUGGUUAAGGAUUUUUAGGAGAAGGAGUAUGUGAGAGUAGCAUUACUCUCUAUCACAGCAUCUUCUCAAGGGAUAACUUUAACAGCAGCUUCUACGGUUAUCUUUGCUGAAGUUCAUUGGACACCUGCGCUUAUGAUGCAAGCUGAGGAUAGAGUCCAUCGUAUAGGCCAAGAAAGUGACUGUGUUAAUAUCUAUUACCUUUAUGGCAAGGAAACUCUAGACGAGAUUAUAUAUCCUAUGAUUGAUCUCAAAUCAGUUGUAGUGGCAAGAACUCUAGAUGAUUAGAAGACUGAUUUUAAGAUUAAAUCUGCAAAAAAAAGGCAAUAGCCUGACUAUGAACUUAAAGAAAGCGACAAUGAAGAGUCAUAAACAAAUAAUAAUUAAAUCAACUAAAAAUAGAAUGGAGAAUUUUCUGGAAAAUAAGACUAGAAGUAAUGCAAAAGAAAGAUCAAACAAGAAGAUAAAUAAAGUGCAAAAACUCAAUAGCAUACUAACUCUCAGAAUUAGAAACCAAACCAGAAUUUAUCAAAAUAAACCAAAUCUAGUAAUCAAUAAAGCAAGCAUUCUCAGAGCAAAGAGAAUGGUGUUGAUGAAUAGUUUAACAGCAAGCUUCAACCAGCAGUGUAAAAUUCAAAUUAAAGUAAAAAGAACAAGAACUAAAAUAAGGUCUAGAUAGUUUAGCCAUUUCUUGGUGGUAUCAUAGAGGAAAAUGAGGACAAUGAAGAUAACAGUAAAAAUGAAGUUAAAAGCAUGAUAUUAGAGCUAGAUGCCAGAGACUAUGAUGACUCUGGGAUGUCAAACCAAGAAAGAAGUAGGCUUAAGCCUUCCAAGUCCUAAUAAAAUCUCUAAAAGCAAUAAAAUUAUUCCUAACUAAUGAAUCCAGCAGCAAUAACAGAUCCUAAGUUAUCUUCAAAUAUAUCUCAGUAAAACUAAUAAUCUUAAUAGGCUUAGAAAUUUAAGAUGCCUGUCAAAUAAUCUCUUAAAAAUUCUUUGUAGGCAAGUAUAAAUAAGAUAAACAGUUAGGAUUCACUCGAGUUAGAAAGUUAGUCUUAACUUAAGCCUAAGGAAGAGUGCAUUAAAUCUAUUAUCAAAACUGAAUAAAAGCACUCUAAAAGUGAAAAUUAAAAUCAAGCUACUUAUUUAAACAGCAGUAAUAAUAAUAACAACAAUAAUAAUCAAAGCUAAAUAUCAUAAUUGAUGUCAUAGAAAAGCACCAAUGAGGGCUUCUCAUAAAAAGAUAUGUCACAAGAGGAGAUAAAGAUUAAAAACAUCAAAGAUAAUAUGGAUAAAUUGCUAAAAAGCACAAAUAGAUUCGGUUUUAAAAAGUGA